CGCUUCUGGGCUUUGAGAGCGCGGCUACUCCAGUGGGCGGAGCUGCGAGGCUCUCUUGGCCACGUGACCGGAGCCAACAUGGCGGCGCCCAUCGGCGUCCCCCUGCUCGUCCGUGGAGGUUGUCAGAGAAUUCUGUCUUCGCCACUCAAUCAUAUCUACUUACACAAGCGGUCAGGCAGUCAACAAAGAAGACAUUUCUUUUUCUGGAGACAAAGGGAUAUCUCCCACAGUGUGGUUUCACCGGCUGCCGUCUCUCCCGCACAUCCUGUCCCCAAGCGCAUAAAGAAGCCAGACUACGUGACGACAGGCAUUGUGCCGGACUGGGGAGACAGCAUAGAAGUGAAGGAUGAAGAUCAGAUUCAAGGGCUUCGUGAGGCUUGUCGGCUGGCGAGACACGUCCUCCUCCUGGCUGGGAAGAGUUUAAAGGUUGACAUGACAACUGAAGAGAUAGAUGCGCUUGUUCAUUGGGAAAUCAUCAGGCAUGACGCAUAUCCCUCACCUCUGGGCUAUGGACGCUUUCCAAAAUCUGUUUGCACCUCUGUAAACAACGUGCUCUGUCAUGGCAUUCCUGACAGCCGACCUCUUCAGGAUGGAGAUAUUAUCAACAUUGAUGUCACGGUCUAUUACAAUGGCUACCAUGGAGACACCUCUGAAACCUUUCUGGUGGGCAAUGUGGAUGAAAGUGGUAAAAAGUUAGUGGAGGUUGCCAGGAGGUGUAGAGAUGAAGCGAUUGCAGCCUGCAGAGCUGGGGCCCCCUUCUCUGUAAUUGGAAACACAAUCAGUCGAAGGGGGCAGAGAACACUGGAUUCUUAUUCAGGCAUUCUGUGGAGUUCUGCAUUCAUGGCUGUGUCUAAAGGGCAUGUCAGCCUUUGAUUCUCUCUGAGAGCUACAUAAAAAAAAAAAAGCAACAUCGAAGAAGAGUGGAAUUCAAAGUGACAUUGGAUUUUAGCUAUCUGGACGCGAAGGUCAGUUUGGGCAGAGUAUGAAUUUGCAUGAACAGGCUCCUUUGAAAACCAGAUCAACCCCCAACAACUAUACCAGGAGAACUAUGUGCAAAAUAACAGACAAUGAACUUUUUACUCUUACCCUAAUGCAUUUCAUUAUUUAGAUAGUUUAUGUCUGCUGCUGGCGAGAAGGCUGGCCCCGAUUCUGACGGAUGUUUGUUCUGGUGAAUUACAGCAGUAUUUCUGGGCAUCUAUUGUUUCGCCUUUUCUUAUUCAGGAAAAAAAAAUCUUUAAGGAGUAAAUAAACAAAUGAGAUUCACCUUUGAGCCAAAAAGUACUUGAAAUCUUUACAGACCGAAGGUUUACAAACAUCUUUCAACUGGGUCUCCUUUCUUUAAGAUAGUCCGUCGCCGUCUGCCAUAGCCUCCUUCUGCUGAUAGACUCUGAGAACACCCAAGCAACUUUGCACAUCUUGAAUGCUACCCCAAACCCUGAGGUUUCUAAAACUUGAAAUCCUGCUCAGAAACCUAAAGAAUAGAAGGAUGACUGUGAGGAAGUGUCAGUCAGCGAGAUUUUAUGAAGGCAGUUCACUCUGUGCCCUUUGGCUUCAUGAGCGACUCCCAGUGAUCUCUAGGCCAUGGUGCUAUUACACCCACUCUCUAACCACUUUUGCUCCACGAUAAUCUCUGUAUUAUCCAUAUGUGUGAGAGGAACACGAGCGUGCAGCCACAGGCAUCACUAGUCUAUGACAGUUUACUCCAAAAUAAUUUAAACUUAGGCUUGGAGAUGUCAUGACGAAACUAUCAAUAAAUGGGGUUUUUCAAUGUUUAAUUCAUAAGUAUAUAUUUUGAUAUUAAUUUAGAACAAUACAAAGCAAGAUUUUUUUAGAAAAAUAAUCUCUUUCUAUUAGAUUAUGCACAUUUAAACAAUAAGUGGCUCAGGCAAAAUAAGUCAUUUUAAUGUCAUCGUGAUGGAUUUUGCUUGACAGCUACUGUAAAUGACAAUUACACUGCGUCUCUCUGCACAUGAAAGUAAGCAUUGCAAUAAAUUAUCUUUUAUUUCAAUCCAUCAUGUCUGCUUUUCAGAAACAGAGAACCUCAAAUAAAAGUUCAGCACUAUUGUAAGAAAAAUAUAGUAAUUUGUGAUCCUGCUUGAAACAAAAAAUAAAAUGUCCCACUGUAUUGGAAAACAGUCGUUGGCUUUCAAAAAUAUGACUAAUUGUACUUAAACAUUCCUGUCAUCAGAGGGGAUCCCUGACUUUGUACAUUCCUCCAUUUAGAGACUACUGUUUGGACUGAAAACCUAGGAAGGUUAAGGUAAAUUCCAUAACUUAUCAAAUCAGCUACCUUUUGGGAUUCUUGUCUCUGAAGAGAUGAGGUCUUUCAGAGCUCAGUUCUCUGGGGACUCAUCUGAAAGUGCUAAUGAGACGCUCCAUGUGUGUGCUUGUUUCUUUAAGAGUGUGUACUUAACACAGUACUCCUCUGCCCUCUUGGGGAAUGCAGUUUUAGUCACAUAAAUUACUUGAAAUGUGUUUAAAAGUUUUAUUUAUUUAGACAGUACAAUUACUAGUACAAUAUUAAGAGGGGUCUUAACGGAAUUAAACUGAAGAAAAAAAAAGUUACAAGAAGCCCCCUAAAGGAAGUCUCUCUUCCACCUGUAAGCUGUAACUGAGCCAUGGACAGUCACGAUACAGCAAAGUGAGUUUGAAAGCUACCUUUCCACAGGUCUCCCGCAGCAUUCCCUCUGAAAGCCAUCUAGUCGUGACUGUGCGGGUCUCAUGACUGGACAUUGCCCUGUCUUAAAGGAUUUUAGCUAGAGAAAAUCAGAACAGAAGAGCUAAAGCCUGGAGUGUUAUUUUCUGACUCUGUGAAAUGUUCAGGGCAAGAAAAACCCCUCGUGCUGAGAGACAGCAGUGGUUCUAUGGUGCAUUGGUGUUGGGGAGCCAUGGCCUGACUUCUCAGCAUCUGCCUGCUCCUCUGUUCCAGCCUCUCCCCCCAACAUUGAGUUAAAGAGGUGGGUGCACACCCCACCUUCCCAUUGGUGACCACACCUGCUUUCCCACUGAAGAAGUAGAAUUUGAAUUCCUUUGGCAUUUGGAUUGUCUUUCCAAAAUCAGAUUUAAGUCCCACAACCAGGAGAAGAGUCUGUGCUCCACGGAUGUUCCGAAGUAGUUGAAAGCGCGAGUUCUCAAGCAGUGACUGAGAGCGUUAAUGGGGUUUUAUCUCACUUAAGAGUGUGCUGAAAACUACAGAUUCAAAAGGGAGACAACAGGAACAGAAGUGCAUCCUUAGCUUCCGGGAACUGAACAUGUCCAACCAGAGAACUGAGGCGAGUGUGUCCAGCUCCCCCUCCCCCAGCUAGGAAAUCCUUCAGCGCCUGCAUGUGUGACACAGAUUCUAGGAUCCCGUCGCCGGAAGUUACAUCAGGACCCAGAGAGCAAAUUGUGGCAGGAGAAGGCCCUCAAAUAUCUUUAGCACUUAGUGGUUGUAUGGCCUCAUUUAUAAGGAGGAAGAAGAGGUAGCAAGUGGGGGUGGGGAGAACCCCUAAGGGGUUUUAGAGUGGCCUUUCUUCUCAUUGAAAAUCAAAAUGAAGAUUACCCUUGUCACAUGUUUAAGGUGUACCCAUGAAGACUUCUAAUCAGUAGGAUCAUUGACAGAAAAAUAAACAAACAAAUAAAUAAGACUAGUAUUUUAUUUUAUUAUGUCUUUUAAGAAAAUACUAGCUGGGUAUAAUGGCGGAUGCUUUUAAUCCCAGGGAUCCUAGACAGGUGGAUCCCUGAGUUCAAGACCAACCUUGUGUACAAAGUGAGUUCCAAGAAAGCUAGGGCUACACAGAGCAACCCUGUCCCCCCCAAACAAAACAACAAGAAAUAAACAAAUAAAUAAACAAACACUAGAACGCUUUAUAUUGAAAUGCUUUUCAAAUUAUUGAGGCUUGUUGGGACUGAGCUAACAACUCACGGAUGUUAGAACUCAUUCUCGUGUGGGAAAAAACAAAUCCUAAUUCAGGCUGUCGUGAGGUCUUGUGGUUCUUCCUUUAUCUCCUCUCCAUCCUCUGGUUUAUAUGGUGUGUGGAACUAGGAGAGAUGGUGAGGAAGAUGUUUUCCAAAAACACCUCCUGGCCAAAGCCUGGGGUCUGCAAAGCAGCCUGGACCCCAAAGCACAGCUCCAGAGAAGAAGGCUGGCUUCUCCUCUCCAUGGCAUUGCUCAGGGUAUCUGCCCCACUGGCUGUACCAAAACUCAAUUUCCAUGCAGUGCUGCCUCUCUGCUGGUCCCAAGGACAUCCUCGUCUAAGUGGAGAAGAAUCUGGGAGUGCUUUCAAAUGUUCUUAAAAAUUAACCUAGACAUGGUGGCACAAGCGCUUGAGGUUGGUGAAUUCAGAGGCAGCUGGGAAAAAAAAAAA